AUGGCUCCCAAAUCGAUCUGGCGCCAGCCCAAUGCCGUGCACUUUCAGCUCGUGCAUCGGUCGCAGCGCGACAUCAUGCGCCAUGACCCUGAUGCCGGCGCUGGUGUGCUGAAGCCGUUCGAGCCGCUGAACCGCGCCGGCCUCAAGGGGAAAUCGCGUGCUGAGCUCAUGCAGGAAGACCCGUCGCUCGGCGCCGAGGGCGAUGAUGCCCUGCCACGAAAAAAUAUCGGACAGGCCGCCCUGUAUGGCAUCUACUACGAUGAUACAGAGUACGAUUACAUGCAGCAUCUUCGCGCUAUCAACGACACGGAAAAUAGCAUGCGUGGUGGCGUCGAUGAAGAGGAUGAUACCGAGGCCGUAUGGAUUCCCUCUGCCGUGCCAUCCAAGCAAAAGGCUCCUAGCUUUGCUUGGAAAGACGACGAGAAGAAGCACGACUUGAUGCUGCCGUCGUCCGCCUUUGCUUCUGAAGAGAUCUCCUUGUCCCAAGCAUACGACGAUGCCACGCCACAGGGACUGCAGCCAGACAUGGAUCCGCACUUGCGCCAGACACUCGAGGCUCUCGAUGAUGACGCAUUCGUGGAUGAUGAUCUAAAUGACGACUUUUUCCAGGAUUUGGUGCAGGAUGGCGUUUGGUCCGGCCAGCGGGAGGCCGGUGACGAAUGGCGUGACGCUGCCCCCGAAGGAGACGAUAUCUGGCUCGACCCUGUAGACCGUGCCAAGCGCGAGCUAGCAUCGGCCGGUGGCGACGAGUCGGCACUGAGUCUCGAAGCCCGCGUAGCUCUCUUCAAAGCACGUGCUAAGGCCGCCGACAGCGACGAGGAGGACGAGGAGCGGGAUACGCUCGGCGAACUGGGACCUCCCGUACCUCGGCGUGUACGCCCCUCUGGCUCGGUGUCGUCCAGUGGCUCGGCCCUCGGCAAAAAAGGCAAGCCUGGCGCACUGGCUCGCCGCGCAGCAUCGACGAAGGCGGGUAGUGUGAGUGGUGCCUCGUCCGCAUGGUCUAUGACGUCUUCCUCCAUGUACCGAAAUCCUGCGCUCACGGAGCUCGAUUCGCAGUUUGAUCAGGUCAUCCGCAAUUAUGGAGGCCAAGCGACAGGAGACCCGGAGCUGGAUGCCUUGCAUGGCGCGUUUGACGAUGUGCAGGACGACGAAGAGGACGAGGAACUUGACUCGGAGACGGCAGAGAAACUAACACGCUCAGAUCUUGAUGCCAUUCUGGACGAGUUUCUGGAUCAUCACGAAGUGAUCGGCGGAAAACUCAAGCAGACACUCGGUGACCGCACCACCACCGCCGAUGAAAAGCUAGACAUCGUUCGCAGGGAGCUGGGUGAGGCGCGUAUCACCGACACGGGAGACGACGACGAAGAAGUGAUGCCUUCGAAAGAAAACCCUUUUCUGAAUCCUGACAUCAUCGGGCGCGACCGUGAGCAAUGGGACGUCGAGACUAUCCAGACGACCAAGACAAACCUCGAGAAUCAUCCUCGCACCAUUCCUGCAGCCGAGAGUGUGCGUGGAAGUUGCCAUGCUAGCACGGCAGCAUAUACCCUUCCUCAAAGCAUCACUGUGGACGGUGAUGACCGUAUACCCAAAAUCCGCCUCCAUCCCAGGACUGGCAUGCCCCAGAUCGUUGGAUAUACCACGACACGAAAGACUCGCAAAGCAUCAUGGCCGACUCCGAAAGAAGACGAGGAUGUGAAUGAAAAUGGAGACGAAGACGAUGGCAACGCUUCAGACGCCACCAUUGAUGCGUCAAAACCAGUCACCGUCCAUAAGCGCGACCGGAAUGAAAGUAAGGAAGCGCGACGGCAACGUAAAGAAGCCGUCAAAAAUGAAAAGCAGCAGCGGCGCAUCGAUAAAGCUUCAGCAAAGAAAGCGUUCUCCGAUGAACGCAAGCGCCAGAACCAUGCUGCGCGCCGUCAAACUGAAUCUCGUGGCGGCGCGUCUGGGGUCCAUCUAGCCUAG